AUGUCCCAAAUCAUCGCCUACGACGUUAAACCGACGGCGUUAAUUCCCAACUCGCCGAAGCCGCUCCUCCUCUACAAAAACUGUUUCCUCCGGGAAGAUGGAACAGUAGACGCGAGUCUCGCCUAUGACACAUUCACAAAACAUGGUUGGGACGUGCAAUGGGUGACCACAUACGGACACUAUCAGCGAUCCCACUACCACCCUGCCACCCACGAAGUAAUGGUGGUGUUAUCCGGCCCUGGUAAAAUCCGCUGGGGCACGGCAGAUCUGGACGAUAACCCUCAUAAUCAUACGUACGGUGUCGGCUCUGAGGAGGGCGCGCUCUAUGUCGACGUGAGCCCCGGUGAUUUAUUCGUUAUCCCGGCUGGUGUUACGCACAAGUCAUUCGAUGUCAAGGCGACAAGUCCGGAACCUACGUGUUUGACCGGAGGAGGGGCGCAUAGGAUCGAGGCGCAUGAUCCGAGGACAUUUGUGGGAGAGUUGAAGGUGUCAGGGUUUACGAUGAUGGGGGCGUAUCCGCGAGGAAUGAGUUGGGGCUGGGCAGAAGGGGGUGCGCAUGUGGGGCGGUAUGAGUCUGUAUGGAAUGUGAGAAAUGCGAGCCUAGAUCCGGUGCUCGGGGAGAGGGGUGGGAUUAAUGACUACUGA